CACUCGGCGAAGGCCGUGAUCCGUGGCAAAAUCUCCGUCCUCCGUCCCCCGGCCUUCGACCUCUCCUCCCUGCGGCCGCCCCCACCGAGUGCCCCCCUCCCCUCCUCUACGGCGGCCGCGAGGGCGGAUCCGGCGCCUAUUCGCCCUCCUCAGGACCAUCCUCAUCUCGUCAGGACUGUCCUCUUCGGGCCCGAUCACGGCGUCGCGCCCCCCGCCACCCCCGACCGCUCCUCGCCCCUCCCAAGAUCUCCGUAGAUUAGAUAUAGAUACCCGCCGCUCCAAGCCUCCCACCCGAUUCCAGUUGGGGUUUUUUCUCAGCGAGCUGUGGCGAUGCGAGUUGGUCGCUUAAGGUUUUGAUACGGGUAGGGUAAAUUUUUCGGGUACCCUACCCGUUGCCAUCCCUACCUUUAUGCCCUCUCCUCCCCUCAUCCCAAAGAAGAACCUCUCCCAAAUCCACAAGUGCUUCCCAAUAUCUUGGAGCAAAUCCCUGCACUCCCCACCAUCAGCAACACCAUCAGAGAAAGAGAGAGACGAAUUAAAACCACCACCCUCUCCCGCAGCUCCCCUCAUGGACUCCAUCAGCUCCCUAUCCGCCCAUGGCCGCCUCUCCGAGGCCUUCGCCGCCUUCUCCCUCCUCCUUCGCCUCCAUUCCUCAUCCCCAUGCCUCCUGGUCCGCCCCCUCACCUCCCUUCUCUCCUGCUCCACCGCCCGGAGAGCCCUUCCCCAGGGCCAGCAGCUCCAUGCCCUCGUCCUCUCGCUCGGCCUCUCCGACAACCCUUACUUGGUUUUCAAGCUCACAUCCUUGUAUUCCGCCUUCGACCUCCUCGCUGACGCCCACGCGGUGGUCGAAGGAGCGAUAAAAAUGCAAACUUUGCCGUGGAAUCUGCUUCUUUCCGCCUAUGUGCGCAAUGGGUGUUGGGAAGAUGCGAUUUUGGCGUACAAACAGAUGGUUGAGAGGGGUGUGAGGGUCGAUAAGUUCACCUACUCGGCUGUUCUGAAGGCUUGUGGUGAAAUGAGGGAGUUGGAAUUAGGGAGGGAGAUACAUAGAAGGAUAGAUGGCAGCGGUUUGGAAUGGGAUUUGUAUGUUUGGAAUGCUUUGGUUGCGCUGUAUGUCAAAUGUGGAGCGUUGGAGGUUGCAAGGAAAGUGUUUGAUGGAAUGGCUGAGAGGGAUGUUGUUACUUGGAACUCCAUGAUUUCAGGGUAUGCAUCAAAGGGAAUGUGGGAGGAGGCUUUUCAAUUACUGGAGCGGAUGCCGGAGACAUCAGAAGUGAACACUGUGACUUGGAAUACUAUCAUUGCGGGGAAUCUGCAAAUGAGUAAUUUUAUGGAAGUGCUUAGAUUGAUAUCCCAGAUGAGGAUAAGGGGGUCAGCUAUAGAUUAUGUAACUUUGGUUAUUGGUUUGAAGGCUUGCUCUAGACUGGGGUCUGUGAGGGUGGGGAAGGAGAUUCAUGGAUUGGCCAUUCGCUUCCAUUGUGAAAAGCUUGAGAAUGUCAAGAAUGCUUUGAUCACAAUGUAUUCUAGAUGUAAGAACACAGGUAAUGCUUAUAUUUUGUUCCGAACAAGUGCAACUCAGAGUUUAAUUACUUGGAAUGCCAUGAUGGCAGGAUUUGUGCAUAUUGACCAAGCUGAGGAAGCUUGUUUACUUUUUCAAGAAAUGAUUGGUUGUAGGAUAUGGCCAAACUAUGUUACAGUCACAAUUGUCCUUUCUCUCUGUGCCCGUGUCGCAAACCUCCGGCACGGGCGAGAACUCCACUGUUAUGUUACAAAACUGGGGUUUGAGGGCUACCAGUCGUUAUGGAACUCUCUAGUUGACAUGUACUCAAAGUCUGGAAGGAUGGUAGCAGCCCAAAGAGUAUUUGAUUUUAUGAAAGGCCAUGAUAAAAUCUCCUACACUUCAUUGAUUGCAGGUUAUGGAUUGCAAGGAAAGGGAAUCACUUCUUUGAAGCUUUUCAAUGAGAUGAUUGACUGUGGAAUUGAACCAGACCACAUAACGAUGGUGGCCGUCCUCUCAGCUUGCAGCCACUCUGGACUUGUAACCCAAGGACAAAUGAUCUUUGGCAGGAUGGUUGGCUUAUAUGGUAUUGUAGCGCAAGUGGAGCAUUACUCUUGCAUGGUUGAUCUAUAUGGACGUGCAGGCCUAUUAAGGAAGGCAGAAAAGAUAAUUGAUCAAAUGCCACUCCAGCCAAGUGCCGCCAUGCUGGCUACGCUUGUUGAGGCAUGUCGGCUACAUGGGAACAUAGAGAUCGGGGAAAGGGCUGCAAAGAAGCUCUUGGAGAUGAAGUCUGAUAAUCCCAGCCACUAUGUUUUGAUUGCUAAUAUGUAUGCAUCUGCCAGGUGUUGGCAUGAGUUAGCUAAGGUCAGGAUACUGAUGAGGGAUAUGGGCAUUCAGAAAGCUCCAAGUUGUUCAUGGCUGGAUUUGGGGAAUAACUUAUAUCCUUUCCAGGUAGAUAGUACCUCAAUGCAGCAGGUAAAUAGUAUCAGUUUCUUGUUGUGGGGGUUGGCUGAUCAAAUGAGGGAUGCUGGAUACUUUGGUAACGAGGAGAUAUGGUUUGCUGAAGCAAUUGGGUAAUAGAUAGAGUGGGAACAGUGACCAAAAUAUUAUGAAAUUUAUGUCUGUUUGAUAAGAUUUUUGAAUGUCCAAGUUGCAUAAUUCAUGCUGUCAAAUGGUGGCUCUUUGCGCACAAAGGAUCCUAGGAAAUAAACUUAUCGUUUUGAAGAUAGUGAUAUGAACCUUUAUGAGGAGCAAGGUGUUGGAGUAGAGGAUGGACAUGGCUGGAGCUACUGAAAAAUAGUUGUUGAGGAACUUCAUUGCCGCCUUUUGCUGUUGACCAAAUGAAAUUUUUGCAGUUUUGAAGGUGGAUUCUGGACUGUUCUUAUUUGGACUGGUUGUAGUUGUUCAUUUUGUAAGGCAAGAAUUUUUACUGCAGCAGUAACAAGAGAUGUGCUGAGUUGGAAUUCUUCAUUUACGUCCAGGAUUAUGAUGAAAAUGAUCCAAAAACACAAGGGGGACUGGAUCUUACAAGAGUGACAACUAGAGAACUGAUCUCCAAAUACGGGCUGGAGGACAAUACAGUGGACUUCAUUGGUCACGCAUUGGCUCUUCAUAGAGAUGAUCGCUAUCUAGAUGAACCUGCCCUUGGUACUGUAAAAAGGAUGAAAGUUGAAUUUGAUGUUGAAGGAAAAGUUUGUGGUGUGACAUCAGAAGGGGAAACUGCUAAGUGCAAGAAGGUCGUACGUGACCCUUCCUACUUACCAAAUAAGGUUAGGAAGGUUGGAAAGGUUGCAAGGGCGAUAACUAUUAUGAGCCAUCCCAUCCCAAAUACCGAUGACUCUCAUUCAGUGCAGGUUAUUCUGCGACAGAAGCAACUAGGACGCAAGUCGGACAUGUAUCUCUUCUGUUGUUCUUAUUCACACAAUGUUGCCCCAAAAGGGAAGUUCAUUGCAUUUGUCUCAUCAGAAGCUGAGACUGAUCGUCCGGAGAUAGAACUAAAGCCAGGAAUUGAUCUUCUUGGGCCAGUAGAUGAGCUAUUUUUUGAUAGUUAUGUCAGUUUCGAACCUGUCAAUGAACCAUCUCUGGAUAAUUGCUUCAUCUCAACAGUAUCUCUUGAUGAUGCAUAAUUAGAUGUUCUAGCUUCAAGUUGCAGAAAUCCACUGACAAGUGCACUAUUUGCAGAGUUAUGAUGCUAUGACACAUUUUGAGUCAACUGUCAUGGAUGUGCUUCAUAUGUAUCGCAUGAUCACCAGAAAGGCAACAGAACAUCUGAUUAUGUGGCUAAGUGGGCAUUGGAUGGGGACUUCAUUCUACUUCCUAAUGACAAGAUACCUCACCAAUUUAAUGUCAUUUUGCAGACUGACAGAGGGGGAGUUAAUCUCAUCCUUAACUUGAGUUUAAGCAUGGAUUCUUAUCUUAUUCUGCAUGGUCAUAAAUUGACUUCAUUUCUAUUCACAUUUGAUUGCAGAUGCAGGGUUCAACUCUAGUACUGGGUGCUUGAACAGGUUACGGAUGAUAGGAAUCUUGGACUAUUUUCAUCUUCUUCUAUAGUUAUUGUUACCAAAAUGCCUAGUUUCUUAUACUCUCUAAGCAACCAUGGUGCUGUUGGGCAGAUUACAUGGGUCAUAUCGCAUCUUUAUUCAUUUUGCUGUCACAACAGUAGGUUUUUCUUGGCUCAUAGGAUCCGGGCAACAACUAGCAAUCCAAUAGGGGAGGAGGGUGUCAAUGCAAGCCCCAAAUGCCAUUCCAUAAUGGAUGGCUACUAUGUUAGAGGAGCUGUAAGUCACUAGAAGUUGGAACAAGGGAGGAGCUUAUCAUCAAUGGACAUUACUGGCCUGGAUUUUAUAGUGAACUUCAUAUGCAGGCGAUUAGGAUCCCCUCUGAACUUACAUUUAACUUUAGCAAGAUCUCCAUGGCUGAUUGCUUAUCCAAGCAGAUAAAUAUGGACUUGCUGUUCCAAGACACAAAUAAGUUUCCACCUUUGCUUCUAGCAGAUGACUUUCUAACAGCUUGCCAUAUUGGGAUGGUUAUCUUUCUUCUUUGUCCUUUGGCUGAUGAUCCCAGUUCUUUAUCCUGCUUGGUGCUGGGCAGUUUGGUUGUAUUGAAGAGUAUGUUGGCAUUAAUUUUUAUACUCUGUGCUCGAGAAUAUGCUCUUUCUGCCUUACCCUUCAUUUAUCUCAUGCACAUUCUCUUUGCCAAGCUGUGUCUCAAUACUUUUGUUAUCUGGAUUGUUUUUCCAAUUCUCUAUACUGUCGUUAUCCAGGAUUCAUUAUGUCAUUUUGCUUCUCUCUCAUGUGUUUUUCUUAUACCUCUGCUGUCCAGACUGGGUUCGCAACAGGUUCAGCUGGGUUACUUGAUGGUUCUAUGUUUAUAUGAUUGCCAUCUUAUGUUAUCUAGGUUACUUCAUCUCACAUGGUACAAUUCUCUUAUUCUUAUCGUGCUGACUACUCUACCGGGCAGCUUCAACUCAGUGCAAAGUCAUGCUUUCUUCUCCUGGUUCUCUUUCUUUUCCACUACUCACAGGCUGGGUUCAGAACAGGCUCAUUGGUUUUGGCUGAUGAUCAUGCACUCCCAUUACUCUGUUUCAAAAAGACUGCAUCUGGGAAACUGUUCUUUUCACCAACUCCUUCAUUCAGAAGAUAAGCAUGCUCGUUUUUGUGAUUUUGCAGCUUCCAUUUUCUCUUUGCCUCAUUCACUUACUACUCAGGAGCUAUUCCAAGGUUGAAAAUUCACCCAAGGAGUUGAUUUUGAGUACCAGUUGGCCUUGUUACUCUUUUUGGUCCUCCCUUAUAUGUUACUGUAGCAGGUACCCGUCUUCAGAUACUGCUGGCUAUGAUUGGACGAACCAGGAGUUAACUACAGCAUUACCCUUUACUUACUAGUGUUUUUGGUUUGUUCAGUAUCUAUUUGUUUGAUGUCAUGUACCAGCUUCUUGGUCGCGUUUCCUUGAUUCUUUGUGUUGUUGGUUGUUACCCUCUUAGUACUGAAGUGCUGGUACAUGGUUUUGUGAUGCUGACUCCUUUUAUAUAAAGUCUCCGGGUAGUGUUCCACCACAAAAAAAA